AUGGCUGCUACUACGAAAGCUGAUGACCCUAAGCCGAAGAUUUUAGAGGUCGUUCCUGCUGCUGGCGCAAACAAGAAAAAGUCAAACGCUUAUCAAACCUAUAUGAAGGCUGCUCUCAAUGAUUUGAAGAUAUCGUCCCCUUCUAUCACUCACAAAGAGCGAUUCCUGUUGGCAGCCAAAAACUGGAAAACCGAUCCGUUAGUACUUAUUGACUGCAUAUCUCACUUUCAUGUGACCCUUCACGUGACUCUAGGCGACUCUGUACUGAAGCCUUCUUCGCGUUUAACGCUUACCCAGCUCGAACCCUCGACGCGAGAAAGCUUGAGGUCGAUUGGCCGAGUCAACCUAUACCAUAUCCUACAAAACGAAAUUAUGCUCAUCGAAAAUCGAAUGACUGUGCUCUAG